AUGAACAGUAGUCGCAUCUGCGUCGCCGUGCGCAAGCGUCCCACCGCUGACGCGGACAAGGACAUUGUGAUUGUGCAGUCGCCUCACCUCGUGGUGAAUGAGCCAAAGGUGAAGUACGACUUGACACCCUACACUGAGCGGCACCAGUUCACGUACGAUACUGUACUGGAUGAAAACUCCAACAAUGCGCUGGUGUAUCAGCGCUGCUGCUCCAAGCUCAUUGACACAAUCUUCAACCAUGGCAACGCUACCUGCUUUGCCUACGGCCAGACUGGCAGUGGCAAGACGCACACAAUGCUAGGUAAUGACCACGAGGCUGGUCUCUACGCGAUCGCGGCGAAGGAAAUCUUCUCACGUGCCGCCCCACUCAACGGGGAGGUGUACAUCUCAUUCUAUGAAAUUUACGGCCGAAAGAUCUUUGAUCUGCUCAACAACAAGGAGCGGUUAGUGGCGCGUGAAGACGCGGAGAAAGUUAUCAAUAUUUGCGGUUUGAGUGAGCACAAGGUGACGGACAUUCAAGGCCUGUUUGACAUCAUCUCCCGUGGCAGCGCGUACCGGGCUGCUGGGCAGACCAGCGCUAACAGCGAGAGUAGCCGCUCACACGCCGUCCUGCAGCUGGAGGUGCGUGAACCGAGCAAUCGGCGCAGCAAGACAAUUGGGCGCAUAUCUUUCAUUGACUUAGCUGGUAAUGAGCGGGGUGCCGAUACGUUCGACUGUGAUCGCAAAACCCGCAUGGAGGGUGCGGAGAUCAACAAGUCCCUCCUCGCAUUGAAGGAGUGCAUUCGUGCCCUGGGAAUGGGCAAGUCGCAUGUUCCCUUUCGUGGCUCCAUCCUGACUGAAGUCCUACGCGACUCCUUCGUCGGCAACAGCCGCACGACAAUGAUUGCGACCAUCUCGCCCACUUCUGCGCACUGCGUGAACACGCUGAACACGCUACGCUACACGCAGCGCGUGAAGGACCUCGGCGGAGAGUCCAAGGCGGUCCCCGUUGAGAAGGCGGAGCGGCGGCCAGUAAAGAAGGCGAGGCCUUUUGAGGCGCCGCCGCCGCCAAUCAAAUCCCGCCCCGAGUGGGUCGAUAACUUUGGCGUGCCGGACGGCGAUCGGCCUGCAGAGGAGGAGGGCAACGGCAGCAACGAGGUGGCGAAGCCGCCGCCGCCGCGGCAGCGCGCCAAUCGGCCAGCCGGUGGCGUUGCGGGUAAGGAGCGGCACUCCAAGCCGGAGAUUAUUGUGCGGGACCCUAAGAUCGCGACGAUCGUGCAGAACCACAUCGCCGCCCUCGACGACGAGAGCGACGAGGAGGAGGACGAGGACGAUGACAGCACCGGAGGGACGCCGCUCGGCGCGCUGGCGAAGAGCGAGGAGAAGCAGGUCCGCAAGGUGCACGCGCAUGUCGUGGAGGAGAUUGCGAAGGCAGAGGAGAAACUCGUGGCUUUCCACCGCCGCCACAUCGACACCAAAAUGACAGGCAUCAAGGAGGAGAUUCGCGCGAUUCAGGCCUUUGAGGACUCUGACUCUGUUGACGAGUACGUGGGCCGCGUGCGUACGCUUCUGGUGCGACAGAAGCAGGACACCGAAACAAUUCUUGGACUGCUGAACAGCAUCACCGGCAUGCUGCGCGAGGAGGAGGAGCUCUCCUGUACGCUGAACUCGUCGAUGAAGGGCCGGAAGUGA